CCGCCGCAUCGGUAUCCCGCGCACUCGGAAAGUCGGAACCGUCAGUCUCGAGCCUCGCGCCGACCGUAACGGACUCGGUCCGAGCCACCGUUCGGCUUUUUUGUUUUCAUUUCCAACGAAUUUUUUUUUUUGGCAGCAGGUGUAGUGCAGUGUCGAAAUCGUACGGGGAGAAACAGAGUAGAAGUAGUCGGUAAAAAAGCACGUGUCGCAGCGCUGACAUGCGAACGAAUUACAGGCCCACUUCUUAGCGAAGAGAGGAGUACCGAAAGUAAAGGAUAUACGUUACAAAGCGACGCUUGGAAAGAUGACGUGAUUACAAUGUAAGCAGUGGAACGUGCGGAGUCUUUGACAAACUUAAAAUUCGAAAUUGUCCUUCAUUCGUCGAGUAAGUGGAAAAGCUGCGAUCGCGUCGCACAGUGCGCGUCUCAAGGUUCGACGCGGUAACACCGGUUUUUGUGAAGCUAUAUUUAUGGAUCCGAUAAUACCUUGGAAACUCCUGGAAUCGCAAGGAUUUCAUGCGGCGAGCUGCUGCUCCACACGAAUCUGCCAAGGCAAUGAGCUGAUGAGAUCCGAUUAGUGCAUCUAUGAGUUCCGUGGCGUCGCUCGUCGAGGGUUAGACCAUCCGAUAGAAAAUUUGGAUAAAAAUACGUCCGACAGUUUUCCUGUUUCUCCUUUUGUUUCGGACCAAGCGGUUGCACAAAUCAGCAGUCAUGGAUUGGCGGGGGACGACGCUGAUAAUCCUCAUGAUGACAAUAGCGAGGCACAGCACUACACAUGCGGCGCAGAUUCCACCGCUACCUACCUCAACGGUGGCGGUAGCGAGCACCGUACAGAUCGAGUGUGCGAGCGAGUCGAUAAUCGUGCACAUCUCGACCGAGGGAAACACAAACUUCCACGGCCUCGUGUAUCCGAGAGGCCUGUCGAAGAAUAGCUCAUGCCUGCACGAGUACAGGAGUCAGCCGGCUCCCAUCACGUACAGUUUGCCGCUCAGGUCCUGUAACACUAUGCCCUCCGAACUGGAGGACGGCGGAAUCGAGUAUUUUAACACGAUAGUGGUGCAACCACACCUGAAGCUGGUCACGAAUCAGGGCAGAGGUUUUCACGUUCGGUGCCGCUACCAGACUCGAGACAAAGUUGUAUCGAACGACCAAACUCAAGUAGCCAUGCUGCAAUCGCUGCCUUUGCAGGCGGCAGCGCCGAUGCCGAGCUGCUCGAUGAAGAUCUACAGCGGCGAGCCGUCGGCCCACCACAUCGCGGAGAACGUCAAGAUCGGCGACCCCCUGACGCUCGUAAUCGGCAUCGAGAAGCAGGAGAUGUUCGGACUCCGAAUCAGCGACUGCAUCGUCAGGGACGGCAUCGGCUGGGGCGAGCAGCGGCUCAUCAAUCACGAGGGCUGUCCGGUCGACGGCGAGAUCAUGGGACAGUUCACUUACAGCGAGGACAAAACCGAGGCUAAGGUGCACUUCCAGGCGCACAAGUUUCCAUACACCUCGAGCGUCUACUACCAGUGCAACGUCAGCCUCUGCAUCAAGCACAAAGGGGGAUGCGCCGAUACGCCGCCGUUGUGCAACGAAAUAGCCCGGCGACGCCGUGACACAAAGGAAGCGAGGAGCGGCGCCGAGGGACUCGACCCAGGCGUACCUGCCACCAUCGAGGUCUACAGCGGCUUCUACGUCAACGAGGCCGACGUCGUUCCAAAGUCGGAUUACUACGACGUCGCUAAAGAACGGACGUACGACGAGACGAACUACAUCUGCGUGUCCCAGCGGAACUUCGCGAUAGGCAUCGCGAUCGCCAGCAUCUUCCUGCUCCUGGCGAUAAUCGGAGCGAUCCUCAUCCUCCUGGGCAAGAGGCGUCACAAGAGCGUCUCGACGACCGGCUCCUCGAUCUACAGCGGGCCCUACACCAACACUGCCUACAGUCACAGUAGCUAGAGCUACUUAUAAUAAUACCUGCGCACGCGCGCGUUCGUGACUGCAGCGCGCACGCAGAGAACAACCGGAAACACCGAGCGCGCCAAGACAGCAAGAGAGAGACGCCUCCUUUUUCCAUUGUUCUCUUCCGCGGUGCAACAGUCUGCCUCCGAUGCUGCCUCCUCCGAGUCUAUUCUCUUCUCUUGCCGCCGCUCGCGCGUGCAUGUGUGUGCACGGCGAGAACGAGCCGCAAGAGAACAACGCGACCAACGGCAGACAGCGACGAGAGCAGCUAUAUACUCCGAUAUGCAUGUGUGUAUAUGCAGAUGCGGAGGGCAAAGCGCCCGCAGUCUCGAGCUCUGUAUACUGUAGGAUUUUACGCAUAACAAUAACUCCCCCCCCCCCAUCCUCUCUCUCAAGCUUUAUCCCGUGCUCUCAUAUUAGUAGUGUAUUCCUUGAGGCGAAAUUUCGUUGCGGUGAGUCGUAUUUCGAGCUUUUUUUAAAAGUAAAAAAACAACCUAAUACCUUUUCUAGCUUCUAUACGCUUAUACUUAACGACGCGUCUAUUAUACGUUUAGUCUUAUGUAGGAAAACAGUAAGCGCCUACCCGCAAGCUUUAACUCGAGAUCUUGUCUGUAUUCGGGACUCACUUUAAAAAUUAAGGACAAUAAGUUUAGGCUUUGAAAAUUCACGAGGAAUGAAACGCGUGCCUUGGCGCUUCGUCUACAGCGCGAGACCUGACGGAUAUAGCUCUAUUUAUCUACACAGCAGGUUAAGAAAAAAAUGAACGUAUUUAUUAUACGCAAGGAUAAACUACCUUCUCACACUAGUCCGGUAACAAGCUCUCCUAAGUAUAUACAUCUCAUAACUUCGACCGGUCAACCUCUUAUUUUUUUUUCUCAUUUUUUAAUAAUGCACGUACAUAACAAUAAUUCUUACAUAAAGUCGUAGGAAACGUGUACGAGCUCGUCCAUCAUGCCCAAAUAUAUUUAAUUAACUCGCGAUUAAUCGUCAAAUCUCAAGCUAUAGGGCAUAUCUAUAGCUGUGCUAAGGUGAAUGAACUCAGUAGUCAGCUAAAUCAAAUUCCCAUUACGGUGAUUAUAACAUUUAAGUGUCUGGUGUCUUGCUCGAUUUCUUUCUUUUCUAUGCCUUCUUAUCGUAUACCUCAUGUGGAUGCGCACAAUCAGCUCGUUCGAUCUGUUUCUCGAGAGCAGUUACAGCCAUACUUGGUACAUAUAGUAGAGUGACAAGGUGCUGCCCGAAAGUCGAUGCUCCUGCAAGCCGAUUUUGGUGGUGGGUAUACUGUAAACCGUUCGCUAUAUCGAUCCAACUACUGUUGUUCGAGGUUUUAUACAAGAAAGAAUCAAAAGUCGAAAUUCGGUGCGGGAUAUUUAUACGAGUACGUCAUCCAUAUUAUGGUGUAGGCAGUAGGAGUGCAAUAUUACGCGCAGCCUAAGUCUCUUAGCACUUGUGUAGCGUAUACUGCGACGGACUGACCUGCGUCGUCGUGCAUCCGAGCGGUAAAACGUCGUUGGAUAUUGUUGCGAGCGCGGCACUGGUUCAAAGUUGCAUUGGGGAAGAAGCACGUGAUGCUUUGUAUAGAUUAUAUAAUUUGUCGUAUAUUAUCUGAGAGAAAGAGAGAGAGAAAGGUCUUCGUCAUUCCCGCAACGCUGCUCUGGACCCUUGCCCGAAACGGCACCGACGAUACUUACAACGAAAGUAAUAGAUACAAAAAUUAACAUUACGUCUAUGUAUAUACACUUAUUAUUGUAUCUUAACGAAAUGCCUGUUAUGAAUAGGUAAGAAGAUUCAUACUGCGCACUACUACUCUUCUGAUUAUUAUAAUCAUUAUUUUUAUUAUAAUUAUUACUGUACGCGCCGUAUGACUCGUGCUACCCGCAGUGAACUGAAACUUCUCGAAUAUGCGAAUGACGCGCGCAAAUAGCGUGUAUAGCUUUUCCCUCGCUUUUCCGUAUAUAACGAAAAGCCUGCGAGCGAAGCUGUGAUGGCCAUUUGCAACGUUCAGAAUUCGAGAAAACUCGAAGCUAAUCGUGCAUUUGAUUAUCCAUACUUCAAUAAAACAUUAAUGAAAUGUA